GCACCGUCCAUCACCACCACCACCACCCAGCGACCUUCCACGGACCUUCAGUCACCAUGCGUUACAUCUACUCCCAGGAGACUCUGGACAUUCCAGAGGGUGUCAAGGUCAACAUCAAGACCCGCCAGGUCACCGUCGAGGGUCCCCGUGGCAAGCUCGUCAAGGACCUCGGUCACUUGGCUGUCGCUUUCUCGCACCCGGAGCCUCAGCGCAUCAACAUCGAGCUGCACCACGGCUCCCGCAAGAAUGUGGCCACUCUCCGCACCGUUCGCACCCUGAUCAACAACAUGAUCAUCGGUGUUACCAAGGGCUACAAGUACAAGCUGCGAUACGUCUACGCCCAUUUUCCUAUCAACGUCAACUUGGACAAGCAAAAGGAGACUGGUCUGUGGGAGGUUGAGAUCCGCAACUUCUUGGGCGAGAAGCUCGUGCGCAAGGUCAUGAUGCAGCCUGGCGUCGAUGUCGAGGCUUCCAAGAACGUCAAGGAUGAGCUCCAGCUGACGGGCAACUCCCUCGAAGCCGUCUCCCAGUCCGCCGCCGACAUCCAGCAGAUCUGCCGUGUACGAAACAAGGAUAUCCGAAAGUUCUUGGACGGUAUCUACGUGUCUGAGCGCACCAACAUUGUCGAGGAAUAGAUGCAUCUUCUACGACGAGGACGAGGAAGAAAAAGUCUUUUGCAUACCAUACCAGAUGAUACCAGGCAAGGCGUCAAGGCGCAAAAGAGGUGGCGAUGUCUACUGCCGGUUCGUCUUUAGGAGCGAGGGAAGAGCAUGAGAUAGCCACAGCUCAAUACACUUCCGUGCCCGACACUACCAACCUCUCCUAUGUUCACCAUACGUGACAUCGGACGGGAGCCUGCUCCUUGUUCGUUAGAGAGGGUUGGAACACGACUGCAACGCUUCAUGUCUGCACAUGUAGUCUUGCGACAUGGCGUUCGUGCAGCUCUAUUGAUGAUUUUUGCAGGAUCCUCGUCUUCUUCAACACGUCUGCACUAUUCACUUGUCAGACUGAUUUUGGGCCGGUAGGCAACUCGUUGAACUAUUCAUGCCUUCGACAUACGUAAGUGAGCCCAAAUGGAGGGCGCAGCACACCUCUGCUACCACUUAUGACCGACAAAACCAAGCAAGGUGUGUUUUUUGUUUGGCAGGUCCUAGGUCCUAGCGCAAUUGCAUCGCACGGGAUCGCCAUCAAUACGUUCGUUUUUCUCGAUCGUUCUUCGCCAUAUUGUCAGAAGGCUCUAUGGAA